AAAGAUAAACACAAAAUCUGUUGCUUUUUAGUUUUUAGUUUUUUACUCAAAACUAUUUUUUCGUUACCUUUUUGUUAUUUGUUAAUUAAUACACAUAAAUUUUUAUCAAUGGUUUUAUUUAAUAGUGUAAGAGGUUUAAAUUCAAAGGCUGCUGUUCUCAGCAAGUUUUUCAAUGGAGCUUUGGAGAGAAAAUUCAAUUGUGUUAGACAAUUAUCCACACAAGUUGUCUUUAAAGGAACCCCAGCCUCAAUUUUAGUUUCUGAGGAUGAAGCAGCAAUUCGAGAAAUGAUUACUAAAAUGUGUCAAAAUGUGAUCAGUCCAAGAGUGAAAAAAAUGGAUUCAACUUCAACUAUGGAUAAAGAAGUGAUCGACGCUUUAUUUCAAAAUGGGUUAAUGGGAAUCGAUACAGAUCCAAAAUAUGGAGGUACAGGGGCAAGUUUUUUAGCUACUGUGUUGGCUGUUGAAGAGUUAGCUAAAUUUGAUCCCUCGGUUAGUAUAUUAAUGGAUGUACACAGCACUGUGUGUAUGUCAACCUUCAACAAAUUCGCUUCUGAGGAACAUCGAGAAAAAUAUUUACCUAGGUUAUGUAAAGAUACGAUAGCUUCGUUUUGUCUCUCAGAAGUCGAAUCAGGCUCUGAUGCAUUCGCCCUGAAAACCCGAGCAAUAGACAAAGGAGAUCAUUUCGUAAUCAAUGGAAGUAAAUGUUGGAUUUCAAAUUCACGAGAAGCCGGUAUAUUCCUCGUCUUUGCUAAUGUCGAUCCAAGCAAGGGAUACAAAGGAAUAACUUGUUUCAUUCUGGAAAAGGGUAUGCCUGGCUUAACUGUUGCCAAACCUGAGGACAAGUUAGGUAUAAGAGCAUCAUCAACAUGCACAGUUUCAUUCGAAGAUGUUAAAGUUCCUAAAGAAAAUGUACUCGGACAGAUUGGCCAUGGUUAUAAAUAUGCAAUUGGUGUCUUGAACGAAGGAAGAAUUGGAAUUGGAGCUCAAAUGACCGGACUAGCACAAGGAUGUUUUGAUCAUGCUGUUAAAUAUGCACUUGAAAGAAAACAAUUCGGGCAAGCAAUUUUUGAUUUCCAAGGUAUGCAACAUCAAAUUGCCAGUAUAGCCACACAAAUUGAAGCCGCUCGUUUACUUGUCUACUCUGCUGCUCGAAUGCGUGAUGCUGGUGUUGAUGUUGUUCAAGCUGGUGCUAUGGCUAAAUAUUAUGCUUCUGAAGUUGCAACAGCAACAACAAGUAAAUGUGUUGAAUGGAUGGGAGGUGUUGGUUUCACCAAGGAUUAUCCAGUUGAAAAAUAUUAUCGAGAUUGUAAAAUAGGCUGUAUUUACGAAGGAACAACAAACAUUCAAUUGAACACUAUUGCUAAACUACUCAAGGCAACUUAUUCACAAUAGUUGUAAAUUGGAUGAUCACACCAGGAUUCAUAUUAACGGGAAGAAAAUUUCAUGAAUUUACUUUUGAUACCAUUAACUGGCAUAAUCAGGAUCUGAUCUUUGUUAAACUGUUUUUCCAAUGGAUGUUACUACGCAAAGAAACUACGUGUAGAUUGUUGAUUGCAAUAAAAUUCUUUGUAUAUUUAC